GCACAUGUCGUGUCGCAUCGAUUGCGGGUGGGCGCCCAGGCCGCGCCGUGAUUGGUCGGAGCACCGGCCCUCGCCAGGUUCCCGGAUGCCGGGGGGAGCCCGGGCUCAGUUGGUGGUAGCCCAGGCUCCGGCGUGACCGUCGCUCGCUCGGCUCUCGACGCCGCGGCGGGAACAACCGCAACCCGGACGCUCGAUCAGGAGCAGUUCGGGCCACAGGCAAAGCGGCAGAAUAGCCGGUGUCCACACUCCCCUGCGUGGCUCUUCUCGAUGAACACCAGUCCAGGAGGCGCGAGCCCAACUCCGCGCUCUGACCGCAUGUGUUGCCACCACUGAGAGGCCUCCGGCGUGGCGCGCUUGUCAACGCGGCGCGCCGGCCCGCUACGACUCGCGGGCAUUCCACUCAGGGUCUCCUUCGCUCGCCCAAUCCUGAGGUUCCUUCUAACGAGAAGGAGGAGCCACACCGCCGGCUGCGGUACCGCCGCACGGGCCAACGUGAGACCGCCCGAGCCCGGCGCCCUGACCUAGGCCGCUGAGCGAAACCCCAAGGCGCCGCGCUGGCCACUCCACGGGAACGAGAUCGGCCCCCUGGACACGACGCGCGCCCUGGCCCACGCAUCGUCGAUCACCACAACAAUGAACUACUUCUCUGACGCGGCGAAGAUGGUGGCCUCAUCGAAGAGAGAAAUCGUCGAAGCUUUCCACGCGACAUCCGGAGUACACGGCGCAUGCGAAUGAGCGAACACCGCUGACCGAGACUCGCCCGUCACCAUGAGCGUACAUUCAUGGCGCUUUUGUGUCCCACUAGUGGCUCUAGCGUUUUUCUUGUUGAUUCUUCUGUCGUGUCCAUCGGCAUGGGCCGAAACGCUGCCUACGCCACCGACCCGUGGCCACGGGGGCGUUCCGGUCGCGGCCGCGAUGCUGCUGAGGAAACAGCAAAGUUCCCGCUACCAAGAUAAAGAGGGCAAGGCAAAUUUCCGUGCUAUAGAAAAGCGGAUAUUGGACAGCAUCAUUGGCCAGGGUCGUUAUGACUGCAGGAUCCGGCCCAUGGGUAUUAACAACACAGAUGGCCCGUGUGUUGUCAGGGUCAACAUCUAUCUUCGCAGUAUUAGCAAGAUUGACGAUUUGAGCAUGGAGUACACAGUGCAAAUGACGUUCAGAGAGCAGUGGCGGGACGAGAGACUCCAGUACGACGAUCUGGGCGGCCAGGUGCGCUACCUGACGCUCACCGAACCGGACAAGCUUUGGAAGCCGGACCUUUUCUUCUCCAACGAGAAGGAGGGACACUUCCACAACAUCAUCAUGCCCAACGUGCUUCUCCGCAUACAUCCCAACGGCGACGUUCUCUUCAGCAUCAGAAUAUCUUUGGUGCUUUCGUGUCCAAUGAACCUGAAGUUUUAUCCUUUGGAUAAACAAAUCUGCUCUAUCGUCAUGGUGAGCUAUGGGUACACAACAGAGGACCUGGUGUUCCUAUGGAAAGAGGGGGAUCCUGUACAGGUCACGAAAAAUCUCCACUUACCACGUUUCACGCUGGAAAGGUUUCAGACCGACUAUUGCACCAGUCGCACCAACACUGGCGAGUACAGCUGCUUGCGCGUGGACCUGGUGUUCAAGCGCGAGUUCAGCUACUACCUGAUCCAGAUCUACAUCCCGUGCUGCAUGCUGGUCAUCGUGUCCUGGGUGUCGUUCUGGCUCGACCCCACCUCGAUCCCGGCGCGAGUGUCGCUGGGCGUCACCACCCUGCUCACCAUGGCCACGCAGAUAUCGGGCAUCAAUGCCUCGCUGCCUCCCGUUUCCUACACCAAGGCCAUUGACGUGUGGACCGGCGUCUGUCUGACCUUCGUAUUCGGCGCGCUCCUCGAGUUCGCCCUGGUCAACUACGCCUCGCGGUCAGAUUCACACCGGCUGAACACGCAGAAGCAGAAGCAGAGGAAAUGGGAGCUCGAGCCACCCUUGGACUCGGACCACCUGGAGGACGGCGCCACCACAUUCGCCAUGGUGAGCUCCGCGGCCGGCGAGCCAGCGGGCCUGAUGGCGGCGGCCCCGCGCUCCUGGCCACCACCGCCGUUGCCGCCAAACAUGGCGGCCGGCUCCGCGCAAGCCGCCGCCGCCGUAAGCACUAUCCCCCACCCAAACUCGCGCAUGCGCGCUCUGCCAUCCCGUGUGGCCCAGAGCCGGGAGAGACGAGUUCACUUUAGUUCAUCGCAGUUUCUAGCCUAA